AUGGCAGUAGUUGUUGCUGUCAUGGCUAAUAAGCAGGAUGUUGUUACAGUACCUCCAUUUAUAAUAAGUAAAAAAUCUAUUUUGAAAUAUUUAUCCUUAGAGAACAUCAACUUUGAUGUGCCAGCUUUAUACGUAUUUGGAGACUCUUAUGUUGAUGCGGGAAAUAAUAAUUAUGUUCAUGUCCCGCAAAUUGAAAGAAAUUAUACUCCAUAUGGAAUAGAUUUUGGUGGAAAACCUACGGGUCGUUACACCAACGGAAGAACAGUAGCGGAUUUCAUUGCUCAAAUUGUUGGCUUGCCAUUCCCUCCUCCUGUGCUAAGCUUGUCUAAGGGAGAUAAGAGAAUUCCUCAAACUGGAACGAAUGCCAAGCUUGAAGGAGCAAGUAGAUUUGUUCGAGAGCACAACAAAGGGUUGCAGAGUCAAUUUCAAAGCAAGGAAAGUUUUUCUAGAUACUUGUCAAAAUCACUUUUUUUUAUCAAUAGUGUUGCGUAUGACUUGGAUAUCGAGUGGGAUGGACUGCGCUAUUUCUAUGAUGAGAACUAUUAUACUCAACUUCUCAUUAAAGACUUAUCCAAGCAUUUACAGAGAUUAUAUCAGCUUGGUGCACGUAAAAUUGUGGUGAAUAAUGCAUCUCCAAUAGGAUGUCAGCCGCAUCUAAUAAGUGGAGGAUUUACCGAUGUAAGGAGCAGUUGUUGUACUGAAAUAGAUAAAGGUUUAACUAAACCAUGUCUUGCAAAUGUAGCACCAUGCAAAGACAGAAGUAGCCAUGUUUUCUUCGACCCAAUGCACCCAAGCGAGAGUAUGCAUUUCAUAUGGGCAAGGCGUCUCUUAAAGGAUUCAUCAGUUUCUUCUCCCAUCAACUUGAUUCAGCUAAUACAAUCUUAA